ACACCCACAGCUCUCACUCACACUCAGGUAUAUUUUAUUAUUAUAUCAAGAUGGCGACAGUUAUUCAGAACCCUCUUAAAUCGUUGGGGGAGGACUUUUACCGCGAAGCCAUCGAGCACUGCCGGAGUUACAAUGCGCGGCUGUGUGCGGAGAGGAGCAUGAGGUUACCUUUCCUGGACUCGCAGACAGGAGUGGCUCAAAACAACUGCUACAUCUGGAUGGAAAAGACUCACAGGGGCCCAGGGCUCGCACCGGGACAACUCUACACCUAUCCCGCUCGUUGCUGGCGUAAGAAAAGGCGACUGAAUAUUUUAGAAGAUCCUCUGCUCAGGCCGUGUGAGAUUAAACUGGACGCGGAGGUGGCGUUGAAGAAGGAGGGUUUGCUACCGGAAGGUGCUGCUCUCGAGGCCCUUCUGUGUGGGGAGACAGUGGAGAAGAAAACCGAGGCAGAGGAGGAGAGCAUCAGUGAAUGUCAGAGGAUCCUGGCCAAUGACUUUCCUCAUGAAAUCGAAGGGGAUGAGCUGGAGGAUGAGGCACCAAAGAGGAAAAAUAAAACCAAAAGCAGAGCGUGUGGUAUAGGUGGACUGAGGAAAAGGCAGGAGCCGACAUCACUGGAGGAUAGAGACAAGCCGUACGUGUGUGACAUCUGUGGAAAGCGCUAUAAGAACCGUCCGGGGCUGAGUUAUCACUACACACACACACACUUGGCCGAGGAGGAGGGAGAGGAUGACUUGGAGCGACACACGCUGCCAUUUCACCGCAAGAACAGUCACAAACCCAAAAAAGCUGCCGAUGGCUCCACUAUUCCGAACGGAUAUUGUGAUUUCUGUUUGGGAGGAACGGCCGGGAACAAAAAGACCGGAUGUCCUGAAGAUCUCAUCUCGUGCGCAGACUGCGGACGGUCAGGACACCCCUCGUGUUUGCAGUUCACAGUGAACAUGACGGCUGCCGUCAGGACCUAUCGCUGGCAGUGCAUCGAGUGCAAGUCCUGCAGUCUGUGCGGCACCUCAGAGAACGACGACCAGUUGCUUUUCUGCGAUGACUGUGACCGAGGCUAUCACAUGUACUGCCUGAGCCCCCCGAUGUCUCAGCCCCCAGAGGGGAGCUGGAGUUGUCACUUGUGUCUACGGCAGCUGAAAGAAAAAGCUUCGGCCUACAUCACCCUGACUUAA